AUGUCAGAAUCACCUGUCUUCAAUGAGAGUGGGGAUACUAUAUCAGGCUACAAACUGUCCAGUAGAGAUGACCAGUACGUCAGCGACAGUGUCAGAAAGAUCGUCUUCCUUGUUAAUCACGUGGUCAUCGACAUGUGCAUUUGCAUAUUUGGGAUUGUGGGAAACUGCACCAACAUUCGAGUGUUCGUCAAGCAGGGACUCCAGAAGUCCGUCAACCUGAGCCUCUGCGCCAUGUCGUUCUCUGACCUCGUCGGGCUCGUCUUUCAAGUCUGGCACAACUUCUGCCUCAACCCUUACCUGGAGCUUGUUGACUGGCCUGUCGAUUUCAUGCAGAUUCAGGUCCUGACCGGUGGCUGCCCUAACGUCGCCAUGACGCGAAUUACUGGUUGGAUUACCAUGUACAUCACCAUGGAGAGAUGCCUUUCCGUGUUGAUGCCUUUGAAGAUCCGACGCAUCGUCACCUUUAAGAGGACAGCGGUCAUCCUGGUGUUCUGCUACCUCAUCAACCUCUCUGUCUUCGUGCCCCUUUACGCAGCAGACUACAUGGACUGGAUCUAUAGCCCGAGCGUCAACAGGACCAAGCUGGGAGUCGCUCGCUACGGGAACUCAGCCACCAUCGGACUAGUCAUGAACGUAGGUCACUUUUACCUGUCCGUUCUCUCCUUUCUCUUCGUGGUCAUCUUCACAGCUGUCCUGGUGGUCGCUCUGAAGAAGAAGACCAAGUGGAGGCUGGGCGCCACCUCGGACAGGGAGCAGCACGAGGCGCUGACCAGCAGGGACAAUAAGGUGGUCGGAAUGGUUAUCAUGGUGGCUAUCGUCCUCAUCUUGUGCUACUCUCCUGGAGUCCUGUGCUCCAUCGUGGAGAUUUGCAUCCCAGAAUUCUCUUUAAACGCCAAAAUGGAGAAUCUGUACCACGUGGUAUGGUCGACAAUGUAUGGAGCAAAGAACAGUGUGAUUGGUGAUCUGGGACUUUAA